AUGUUACUAACUUGCUUCUGGUUGGUCGGCUUUCUCCGCCAGUGCAGCGGAUUUGGGACAAGCGUUAGAAAGCCCAGGUUCUGCUCGGUGCUGUUUUGUGGCAAUCUGGCCACGUGUCGUAGACACGUGUACCUCCAAGCCAAGGAUGAAAUGUCUCAGCUCCCCUUGGUCCGGCUAACUCGUCGCCAACCUCCAACUUGGUCGCGUCUGCCCAGGCGUGUUUGGACUCUGCAUUCUUUCAGUUCACCCAAUCCCCGUCUGAACCUCUUUCCCUGUCCACCGGCAAGCUGCUUUGACUAUCCUCGAAGGGAUGACGGCCUGUUUUCUGCGGCAUGCUUGAUUCGUCCUGUUCAGCCGAGUAACUGUUGCCCGGGCACUUUAGCAAGAGCCAAAGGUCAUGCCAUUUAUGGCCGAGAAGCGGAAGCAAAUGCUACCCUUCGCAUUCUGCCCCAAACUGCGGAGGGCAGAUGCAGAGUCUUAUGCGAGAAAGUGCCAAUUUGUGGUAUCAAGGGUGGGGCGUGA